UUGACCCUUCUUCUUCAUCUUUCAAACACCCACCCACCCACCAUGGAAGGAAGCAUAUGUUCAUCUUUCAGUUUCUCCUCCUCCUUCCUCCUACUCUCCGUUGCUUUUCAAAAUUCCCCUUCCCCCAAACGGCGUCGUCUCUAACAAGAGCUUUCUCACAAAGCACCUCCAUGUCCAUAAACCUUCACUCUCACGCCUUCUCCGGCAACCCUCUGCUCUCCAAAUUCCCACUCCCCGGCAACCCCCUUUCGCCCUCUGCAGCUCUCGAAGCUCUCAACGCGCGAAUUAGCCUAAACAACACUCACUCUUCUCCCUCCCCGAGCUUCAAGGUGCUGCCUUUCAGAAAUGGGAGGCCCUUGGCUUCUUCAUCGGCCGGUACCGGCGACUCGCCGCCGAUUUGGGAUCUGGGUUGGCUCGGCUUGGACGAUCUCAGGGGUAUUUUCGAGAAUUCAGGUGCCCAGUUGAGCGUGGACUUGUUGGUGUAUCUGAAUUCGAGUUCAGAGGACGACGCCGUUUACUGGGCAAUCGAUGUUUCUGAUAAAGUACCUGAAUUGGGUAGCAACAACGCGGCGGGGUUGUGUUUUGUGGAGCUUCGAACGCUCAUGGUGGCUACAGACUGGUCGGAUUUGCAACUGAUGGGAAACUUGGCUAUUGCUGGUCAUGCUAAGGCACUGCUGGAAUGGCAUAAUUUUUCACGAUUUUGUGGCCAUUGUGGAGAGAAAACAGUCCCAAUGGAAGCUGGGAGACGGAAGAAAUGUUCAAAUGAUUCAUGCAAGAAGAGGAUAUAUCCACGUGUUGACCCAGUGGUCAUUAUGCUCGUUAUUGAUAGAGAGAAUGACCGUGCUCUAUUGGCUAAACGACCGAUGCGUAUAGCUCGAUUGUAUACCUGCUUAUCAGGUUUCACAGAGCCAGGAGAAAGCUUGGAGGAAGCUGUAAGAAGAGAAACAUGGGAAGAGACUGGUAUUGAAGUGGGAGAAGUUGUUUACCACAGUUCUCAGCCAUGGCCUGUUGCACCAAAUAGCAUUCCAUGUCAGCUGAUGGUUGGGUUCUUUGCAUAUGCAAAAUCCCUUGAAAUAACUGUGGACAAGACAGAGUUAGAAGAUGCUCAGUGGUUCAGUAGAGAAGAUGUAAGAAAAGCAUUGACGUUUGCUAAAUACAAGCAAGCCCAAAGAACUGCAGCAGAGAAGGUUGAGCAAAUGUGUAAGGGACUAGAAAAGAAUCGAAGCUUGGCUUCAGAUCUCAAUGUGGAGAGUGCUGAUGAACAACACGCUUCAAUAGUUGUUCCUGGACCCUUUGCGAUAGCCUAUCACCUUAUUUCUUCUUGGGCCUUCUCAGAUCAAAAUGUAGUAAAUGGUGUUGAAUGCAAUUCAAAAAACCCAUCGGAUCUAUGACAAAUUCGUACAUUUUCUUUUUCAAGGAAUCUCUGGAGAUAAAAAUUAUGUUGUUAGUGUUAUAUAUCUCUUUCAUCUCCAAUAAUGUGAAGGGGUUCUGUGCCAGUGAUGGAAUUUUCCCAUCAACUUUUGAUUUUGCAUUAUUCAUUCAUGUACAACUCAAAUUCUUUAUUAACAACAAACUUAUAAAUAUUAUGCAAGACCAUCUGCUUUCUGUUAUGGUUU